AUGGCGCAGCUUCCCUCAUACAAGGAUGCCGACCCUGCACAUCUGGACAAGAAGCUCGCCAGUCCCGAAGAUGGCCAGGUCUCGUCCGACGAGCUUGGUUCCAUCCACAGCGGCGAGGAUAUCCUCGGUAUGCAGGAUACGGACCCGGCGCUGAAUAUGAAGAUGCACCUUGUCAACAAUGCAAUUGACGAAAUUGGAUGGACCAAUUACCACCUCAAACUAUUCUUCCUCAAUGGCUUUGGCUACUGUGUCGAUUCCAUGAUUCUCCUCUUCCAGUCCGUCAUCGCCGGCCCCGCCUACAAGGAGUUCGGUUCCCAUGGCUACAAGAACGCCCUCACAAUUGCUGUCUAUUCCGGCAUGUUUACGGGUGCUAUAUUCUGGGGAUUCAGCGCCGAUGUCAUUGGCCGCAAGUACGCCUUCAACAUCUCCCUCUUCAUCUGCUCCGUCGCCUGCAUUGUCGCUGGCGCCAUGCCCAGCUGGGCCAGCCUGGCCUUCUUCAUCGCACUCCUCGGUUUCGGUGGCGGUGGCAACCUCGUCAUGGACACAACCGUCUUCCUCGAAUACCUACCUGGCAACAAGCAGUGGCUCGUCACCUUCAUGGCCGCCUGGUGGGGUUUCGGUCAGGCCAUCUGCGGCUUCAUCGCCUGGGGCUUCCUCGUUCCUUCCAAGUGGAACUGUCCCGACGAAGGUCCCUGUAGCAAGGCGGACAACUGGGGCUGGCGAUAUGCCAUGUUCACCGGCGGCGCGCUCGUCUUCGUCAUGUCCGUCCUUCGUAUCUUUGUCAUUCGUCUGAAGGAGACGCCCAAGUAUCUUCUCGGCUCCGGCGAAGACGCGCUCCUCGUCGAAAAUAUCCAGGCACUGGCUAAAAUGUACAACCGCCCCUGCUCGCUCACUCUACAACGCCUCGAGGCUUGCGGCUCUAUUCGAUCCUCUCACAGCAAGAGCAGAUUCUCAGUUGGCGAAACGAUGGUCCACUUCCGUGGCCUCUUCUGUACCAAGAAAAUUGGUCUUUCGACAGCCCUAAUCUGGUUUUCUUGGAUGCUGAUCGGCCUUGCCUAUCCCCUGUUCUAUGUAUUCCUACCAACCUACCUCAAGAACCGAAGCGGUGAAUUCCAGCGAUCUGUCUUUGAGACGUGGCGCAACUAUGCGCUUACCAACGUUUGCGGCAUUCCCGGUCCCAUAAUUGCCGGUCUCAUGUGCAACACGCGCUUCUUUGGUCGCAAAUAUACCAUGGUCGUUGGAUCCCUUCUUACCAUGGCUUUCUUCUUUGCCUACACGGCCGUCAAGACCUCGGACCAGGACGUUGCCUUCUCUUGCAUUAUUGCUUGCGUCCUUAACAUCUACUACGGCACGCUGUAUGCUUACACCCCUGAGGUCCUCCCCAGCGCGCACAGAGGCACCGGCAAUGGUAUUGCCGUUGCCCUAAACCGUAUCAUGGGUAUUAUUUCCGCGGUCAUCGGUACUGUGGCUGAUACGUCAACCUCGGCACCCCUCUCGGCGGGCACUCGCAAGUCUGGAAACAGCCCAGAAAAGGCGAAUGAGGAGAAACCCAACGAAUCGGAGGAACUAGGUCCGUUGGCGCGUCGUCUGCAGGAGGCGACGGAGGAGGCGCUUUUUACUGGUGGCAGAGCCGGGCGGCAGGCUGUGCAGGAUGCAGGGUUUUCCGAGGAGCUCAAGAAGAAGCUUAUGAGUGAAAUACAGGGCGCAAAGUUUGAAAGUGACUUUGCCGGGGCGCUGGCAGAAGCUGGUGUCACAUCCAAGGGUGAAGAAUUACGCAGCGGCUCUUUUUGCACACAUCAGGCAUGGGCGGGGGAAGAGCGGACAGAGGAUGCAGUGCUACGGAUGCUGGAUGAUGCAAAGAAGCCGCUGAAGCCAGAAUUACGAGGCAAGCCGAUCGAUACACGGCUGAAGCGUGGGCCGGGACUGAGCCCUGGGCAAAGGGCCGCCUCCGCACGGGACAGGGCGUCGGCGUACUCGGGUAUGGGAAUGAAGGAGAGCCCGGGACUCAGCGCCAAGGAAAAGGAGGAGAUGAGGAGGCAGUUUCGGGAGCGCUUCGAGCCCGAGGGUCGGAUAGCACCAGCUUCAAUCUCCGCCAUCGCGUCCAUGGCCAACGAGCGCAUCGAGAAUGCCAUCGCACGAGGGCAGUUCAAGAACAUCCCGCGGGGCAAGGGCGUCGAACGCGACGGGGGAGCCAACAACCCGUACGUGGAGACGACCGAGUACCUCAUGAACCGGCUGAUCCAGCGCCAGGACCUCGUGCCGCCGUGGAUCGAGAAGCAGCAGCAGCUGGUGCGCGAGACCGAUGCGUUCCGCGCGCGCCUGCGCAGCGACUGGAAGAGGCAUGCGGCGAGGCUGAUCUCGUCCGAGGGCGGGACGCUGUCGGAGCAGGUGCGCCGGGCGGGGCGCUACUCGGCGGCGGAGCGCGCGCACAACCCGCAGCGACGCCGGACGUCGGACCAGAUCGCGGUGUCGGCGGCGGCGACCGACGACCCGGUCAUGGGCGGCGGGCCGCAGCAGCUUGAUCCGGUGGUGGAGGAGGAGGAGGAGGUGGAUGCCGGGGGCGUGCGGCCGUUUCGGGACUCGGCGUGGGAGGCGGCGGAGGCCAAGUACAUGACGCUCGCGGUGAAGCGGCUCAACGAGCUGACGCGCGGGUACAACCUGAUGGCGCCGGAGCUGGCGAGGAAGCCGUACUUUUCGCUGGAGAGGGAGCUGGCGACGUGCUACGCGACCGUGGCGCCGCUGCUGGCGGACGAGAUUAGGAACCGGGGGACGACGAGGGCGGCGGGCUCCUCACGGCUGGGAGGGGGACAGGUCGGGACUGGCGUUGGCAGCGCGGUGGCGGGCAAGGGGGAUGUGAAAAUUCAUGUGGAAGGAGAUGAAAAGGCGUUUGGGCUGAAGGAGUGGUGGAGAGACUUUUGGAAGAAGUAG